CCCGCCAAAAUGCUACCUCCUAAACUCUCUCGCUAAAAUUGUUAGUACACCUCUUAUCACAUCAUGGCCAUGGCAUGGCCUCCUCGGCUUUGCCUCCGCCUAAUACGGUCCUGAUGCGCACAUCGAGAUCCUCCCUUUCUUCCCUUCUUCAUCAAAACAUCGACUCCCCCGCCCAUGAGCGUCAUCACGACGUCGCACACGCACACAAUCCACGAAUACAUGUCUCGACCUCAAGUCCUCAAUUUCUUUCCGAUCUGGUCCUAUUCGACUUCUCUUUGAUCCGGUCAUAUUCCCCGUUUUCCGAUCAUGGCCACAACUCCUCCUCCCGCCGCGGCUACAACCCUCCGAGACUCGAGACAGCCGACUCCUACUUCUCCUGUCGCUCCUACGCCGACUACGGCUGUUCCUGUUCUUUUGACUUCUGCUUCUGAAUCGAGCGAUGAUGGAAUUCGUUUGAGUCCAGCGGCUGCUCGCCGCUUCGCCCGCCGCAACCUUCGCCGCACAUCUCCAACUCCCGACCUCGUCACUAGUCUCGUUCGGCCGCCCUCGCCAGAUACUUUUUAUGUUGGUGCACAAGUCUCGCAGCAAGUCAGACAAGAUGUCAGGGCCAGAAUUGAUCCUUCAUAUUCGGGUCUUUUGAUACCCAAUGUUAACUCGGAUCGUCGAACCGGACCUCUGCUUCCUCCACACCCAUCUUCUCUCGGAAUUCCCAAACGUUAUGGCGGAAACUGCAUCUUCGAUAUGUAUUCUUUGACAUAUGUCAACGAACCAGAUGCUAAUUUACUCUGUCCUAUCUGCCAUGACCCUCUGGUGGAUCCGGUUACAACUCCCUGCGAUCAUACAUUCUGCUAUCGAUGCUUGCGACAAAGCAUUGACUCGAGUCCUUCCGGAACGGCCUGUCCCAUUGACCGAGAGCCUUUGGCCUGGCCUAACUGCUUCAGCGCACCACGGCUCAUCCGCACUCAGCUUAAUAGUCUCAAAGUCAAGUGCCCUUACCAUGCACGAGGCUGCAAAUCAGAAGUUCGUCGGGAGGUAGUCGAAACACAUGCUUCGACGGAAUGCCGGUUCAAGGACUUCACCUGCCCCGGCGCUGAUUGUGACAAGAGAUUACGUUCCAAACCUGAAGAUGAUACUUGUCCCCACAAGGAGGAUAAAUGUUUACACUGCAAAGUGACAAUCGAGGCUACUGAUCGCGAACUGCAUUUGUUAUCAUGUCCGAACAGCAAAACUCGCUGUGAGACAUGCUGGAAGCUCGUAUAUCGCAGCCAGACCAAGGAACACGACGAAUUAGAAUGCGAAGGUGCUGUCAUCAACUGUCCAUAUAGCGAGCUUGGUUGUCCAGCUCGUGCGAUGCGCGGACAAAUGGAUGCUCAUACUCUUGCUUGCGCAUUCCACCCAGACACCCCGUCAGGCAUGAUAAUUCGCUCACAGCGAGAAAUCAUCGAUUCCUACACCAACCUCGGCCAACAAGUGCAGCAACUCCAAACUCGCCAGGACGAAACAAAUCAACGCAUCACAGAAUUCAACUCGUCUCUCAGUCGCCGGGGUGUGGGCGACUCGGUAAUGGGAGACAACCGCACAAUCCAAGACCUCGACGCUGGUUUCGAAGAAGUUCACCAGAACCUAACACACCUCGAGGCACGGCAGAGUAUGUGGACUAUCAACCAAAUCAUGCCUAUUCGCGAGGAGGUAACUGAACUGCGAAACAAUAUUAACAUGAUUCGAAUGCAUGUUAACUGGCUCCUGAACCGAAGCCGCGAAGAAGGCCGCAUAAGAGCGGCCGCGAGCUCUGGAUCCACGGCAACUUUGCAGAGGGACAGGUCGGUAGAAGGCCCUCGUCUCGCGGAACGCCGUCGGUCAGCUAGUGUCGAAGGAACAGAUUUGCCCCGUCUGUGAUUAGUGUUUGCUUCUUUUUCUACUCUUCUUUUUAAUCUUUUAUUGGCGUAAUGGUUUAUGGAAUACCCCGGCAUUUACACGUAGGCUUAGUCGGAAAAGGGCUAUGAUUCAUUGAGCACCGGCGGUAGUCUUUUAUCAUAGAUUUAUUUUAAUCAGACGACUCAGGUUUGAUAUCCAUGUG